AUGCCCGUGAUUGGCGAGCAGCGCGGCGGACUCUCAUCCGAUGUUGAUGUCCUUGCCGCGGUGGACCCCGUCCGCCGCAGAACGCAUGACAUCCACAUGGAGAUGGUGAAGUUGACCAGGGGACACGGAGGGCACCGCGAUCGAGUCAAGUCCCAGGCUGCGGCCUGUUCAGACGGGCCCCCCAGCUACGGCCAGCGAGAGGCCUGCACUACCAUCACCGGCGGCUUAUGA